AUGCCCGGCAGCUCCCGUAUCCCCGCCAGCUUGCGCGAGAGCUUGCAACACGUUAAGCGCACCAGACAAGCCAAUCCGCUGCUGGUCCUGAACCUCGACUUGCUGCGCAAUAUCAUUUUCUUCCUCUUCGUCUGGCGAUGGACGCGCAAGACUUUCCUCAAGCUCAAGGGCCGCGGCCUGAUCGGCAGCAUCGUCGAGCUGUACAUUGACAUCCGCCGCGUCCUAUAUGGCUACUUCCUGCGCGCUCCCGGCGUGCGCGGCCAGGUCCAGAAGCAGGUCAACGAGACCAUGGCGAAGCUGCAGAGCAAGAUGAUCCCCAAGGACCUGACCCGAUACCUCACACUCCCCAAGGAAGGCAUGUCAGACGAGGACAUCAAGAAGGAGCUGGAUGCACUGGCGAACCUGGACCACACGAGAUGGGAGGAUGGAUACGUCUCGGGUGCCGUCUACCAUGGCGAGGACGAGCUUCUGAAGCUGCAAACCGAGGCUUUUGGCAAGUUCACGGUUGCGAACCCGAUUCAUCCGGACGUCUUCCCUGGCGUGAGGAAGAUGGAAGCCGAGGUCGUUUCUAUGGUCCUGGCCAUGUUCAACGCUCCUCCCGGCGCUGCCGGUGCUACCACCAGCGGUGGUACUGACAGUAUCCUCUCGGCAUGCUUGAGCGCGCGCCAAAGAGGCUAUCACGAGAAGGGUAUCACAGAGCCUGAAAUGAUUCUGCCCGAGACCGCACACACUGCCUUCCGCAAGGCCGGCGACUACUUCAAGAUCAAGAUUCACUACGUUGCAUGCCCAGCGCCCAACUACCAGGUCGACGUCCGCGCUGUUUCCCGUCUGAUCAACAGCAACACGAUCCUUCUCGUUGGCUCUGCCCCGAACUUCCCCCACGGUAUCAUCGAUGACAUCAGCACUCUGUCCAAGCUUGCCUUCAAGAAGAAGCUAUGCUUGCACGUCGACUGCUGUCUGGGUUCCUUCAUGGUGCCGUUCCUGGACAAGGCCGGUUUCGAGACUGAGCUGUUUGACUUCCGUCUGAAGGGUGUCACCAGCAUCAGCUGCGAUACCCACAAGUAUGGUUUCGCCCCCAAGGGCAACUCGACCGUCCUGUACAGGUCGGCUGAACUCCGCAAGUACCAAUACUACGUUUCACCGGAUUGGUCUGGCGGCGUCUACGGUUCCCCUGGUAUGGCGGGCUCGCGUCCAGGUGCCCUGAUUGCCGGUUGCUGGGCCAGUUUGAUGAAAGUCGGUGAGGCUGGUUACGUCGACGCUUGUGUCAAGAUCGUCGGUACGGCCAAGAAGAUCGUGGAGAAGAUCCGCGAGACCCCGGCGCUGGACAACGAGCUCGAGAUCCUCGGCAAGCCCCUCGUGUCCGUCGUCGCCUUCACCGCCAAGAACCUCAACGUUUACGAUAUUGCCGACGGCAUGUCUGAGAAGGGGUGGCACUUGAACGCCCUGCAAAACCCCCCUGCUAUCCAUGUCGCUGUUACUUUGCCCAUCACCAAGGUUUACGAGAAGCUUCUUACUGAUCUGGAGGCCGUCGUGGAGGCCGAGAAGGAGAAGGAGAGAGUGCGCGCGGUUGAGGGGAAGGGCGUAAAGGGUAAGGCGGUCGGCGACUCGGCGGCUCUCUACGGAGUUGCUGGAUCUCUGCCCAACAAGAGUGUGGUUGUUGACUUGGCCAAUGGCUUUUUGGAUUUGUUGUACAAAGCAUAA